AUGAGAAUCCGCAGUUUGCUGGUCGGCCCGGCCAGUCUCGGGUUGUUUGUCAUCGCGAUCCUUCAGUGCACGGCGCCAACCGUGACGGCCGUGCAGACGGAAAAGGAAGCCUACUUCAAUGGAUCCGCGUACCUUCGGUUAAAAACGCCAAUGACCCUAUGGAGCUAUUCGGCGAUUAGCUUUAAGACGUGUCGAGGUGGAGAGAUUCUCUCGCAACGCUACUCCGGCCACGCACUGCUGCUGUCCGUCCUGCCGGACUGGGUGUCGAUCGUGCUGUCAACGCCGGCGCAGGCUCCACUGGAGGCUCGGGUUAUCGGCCGGCUGCUGGACAACCGGUGGCACACGCUGGAGCUGGUGUACCAGCUCGGUUCGCUGUAUCUCGUCAUCGAUAAGCAACCGAGCCUGCUGGCCAACCAGACGUACAACGCGCCGCUGAUCGCCGAUCAGGAGAUCAAGAACGAGGCAGCCGUCCUGAUCCUGGGCAAGCAGUACUCCGGCUGUCUGCUGCACGGACCCGGCCUAGUGUUCAACGCGAGCGCCAUGAACGCCGAGGCGGUCGUCUUCGGCCCUUGCCCGCUGGCCAACGGUCCCUGCAGCCCGGACCACGACGUGUUGGUCGGUGUCCCGGUCGACUACUGUUCGCACGAUCCUUGCAUGCAGCACGGUACCUGCAUCUCCCGCACUGACUCCUACGAGUGCCAGUGUACGGCCCGGUUCAAGGGCAAAAACUGUGAGAUCGACAUGGGCCCCCCGUGCCAGUCGUUCCCGUGCCAACACGGUGGAUCCUGUGCGGAGGACUCCAAGGGCGACUUCCGGUGUACGUGCGCCCCCGGGUACACUGGCGCCCUGUGCGAGACGGAACUGAGCGUGCAUCCGCUGUGUGAGAAGAAUCCGUGUGCCAACAAUGGCACGUGCCGGGUUGCGCCCGGAACCCCGGGUGUGGAGUGCGAGUGCCUGCAGGGUUUCAGCGGGGCGCGGUGCGAGAUCAACUGGGACGACUGCAAGUCGAACGUGUGCCUGAACGGGGGCCGCUGCAUCGACGGCGUCGACGCGUUCACCUGCGACUGCAAGGGCACCGGGUACGCCGGAACGCUCUGCCAGAAUAACAUCGACGAAUGCCUCGUGAACCCGUGCCUGAACGGUGGCACCUGCUUCGACACCUACGGCGCGUACCUCUGUGACUGCCCAACCGGUUUCACCGGCUCCAACUGUCAGCUAAGUGUCAACGAGUGCAUCUCCCAGCCAUGUCAAAAUGGGGGAACGUGCGUGGACACGCGGGAAGGCUACGACUGUCGGUGUGUGCCCGGAUACGGUGGCCAGCACUGCGAACUGGAGCCUGGGUGCGGCCAGUGUCCAUCCGACUCGGAGUGCAUCGCAGGCCGGUGCGUCUGCAAACCCGGAACCACAGGAACUCGCUGCGAGUCACCGAUCGCGCUGCCGUACUCGGACUCGGAGUGCUCCUGUCUCAACGGCGGAAGCUGCGCCCCGAACGGAUCGGCCACCUGUCUCUGCCCGGCCGGCUUCGAUGGGCCACGGUGUGAGCGGGAAACGGGUGGCAGUAACGGUAACCCUCCGGCCGGAAGCAACUGCAAUCCGUCCAACUGUGCUGAACCGUUCCGGUGCGUCGCCGGCAAGUGCCAGUGUCCGGAGAACAUGAACUGCGACAAUCCGUGUGCGUCGUCGCCGUGCCUACACAACGGGUCGUGCUAUCCGCAGGGCCAAACCGGGGGAUACGGCUGCAAGUGCGCGUCCGGGUUCGAGGGCAAGCGGUGCGAGAACGAUAUCGACGAGUGCAAGCGGGACGGUAUCUGCGGGAACGGCAUCUGCCAGAAUACGCCCGGUUCGUUCCGGUGCUUCUGCACGCCCGGUUACACCGGGCUUAACUGCGAUCUCGACGUCGACGAGUGCCUGAGCCACCCGUGCAAGAACAGUGCCGAGUGCCAGAACAAGCAGAACGACUACGAAUGCAUCUGCCCGGCCGGGUACACCGGCAAGGACUGCAGCGUGGACAUCGAUGAGUGUGAGAGCAACCCGUGCUCGAAGGGAUCGACGUGCCUCGACCAGGUGGCCAACUUUACGUGCAUGUGCAUCCCCGGCAUGACGGGGCGGCUGUGUGAGAUCGAUAUUGACGAUUGUGAGAGUCAACCCUGCCAGAACGCUGGCCGGUGCAUCGAUCAGCUCGGCGGCUUCCAGUGCGACUGCAAUGCGACCGGCUACUCCGGUAUCUACUGCCAGACGAACAUCAACGAGUGCGAAUCGAACCCGUGCACGAACGGGGCCGAGUGUGUGGACAAAAUCAACGACUACCAGUGCAACUGCUUCCCGGGGUACACCGGAAAGAACUGCGAGGAGGACAUCGAUGAGUGCGAAAGUGGCCCUUGCCUGUUUGGCGGCAGUUGCCUGCAGCGCUCAAACUACACCCUGUACCAGUCGUCGGCCGCGGCCGCCGGUGCCCGCGGCUUACCGGCGCACUUUGGCCAACCGUUCUCGUACGCGAUCGCCGCCGGUUACGAGUGCAUCUGCGUGCCGGGCACGGUCGGGACGAACUGCGAAACGAACAUCAACGAGUGCGAAAACCACCCGUGCCGGAAUGGGGUGUGCGUCGACGGGAUCGGCAACUACUCGUGCGAGUGUGACUCCGGCUUCGAGGGUGCCCACUGCGAGACCGAUAUCGAUGAGUGCCUCCGGUUCCGGCCUUGCGUCCACGGGACGUGUAUGGAUGGACCGAACAUGUACACGUGCGACUGCGAUGGAUUGUGGGGCGGCAAGAACUGCUCGGUGAAGCUGACGGGCUGCGUGAACGAACCGUGCCUUAACGGUGGAACCUGCGUUCCGUACCUGGAGGACGAAACGCAGCACAUCUUCAACUGCUCCUGCCAGCAGGGCUUCCAGGGGAAGACGUGCGAUACGGUCACGACGAUGUCGCUGGUGGCCCGCAGUUUGCUGGUGGUCAACACGACCCGAGUCGAAGGAUACGACAUACAGCUGCGCUUCAAAACGACCCUCCCGAACGGUAUCCUGGCGUUCGGGAACGGUGCUACAUCCUACAUUCUGGUGCUGAACAACGGGCGUCUGAACCUUCACUCUGCCCUGCUGAACCGCUGGGACGGAGUGUUUAUCGGUUCGGAACUGAACAACAGCAAGUGGCAGAAGGUGUUUGUGGCGAUCAACUCCUCGCACCUGGUGCUAUCGGCCAACGACGAGCAAACGAUCUAUCCCAUCAACUCGUACGAGGGGACCAACGGUAGCAACACAUCCUUCCCGAUCACGUACCUUGGCGGGACGACACCGACGUUGGCCCAACCGUACCUCAAACACAUCGCCGGGGCCGUGCCGAGCUUCGUCGGCUGUAUGGAGGAUGUGGUCAUUAACAGCCAGUGGGUGCUGCCGGGCCAGGAGCAAGAGUUUACGACGCUUCACAACAUCGACACCGGUUGCCCCCGAACACCGCAGUGUGAUCCGAAUCCGUGCCACUCGAACGGCCACUGCACCGAUCUGUGGCACACGUUCGCCUGCAGCUGUCAGCGACCGCACUUGGGCCAUACCUGCAAGUACAACAUCACGGCCGCUACGUUCGGGCAUGAAAAUACCACCAACUCCACCGUGAAGGUGAUGGUCAGCGAUUCGGCCCGGCGGGCCAUCCGUUCGAUGCUGUACAUCUCGAUGUUCAUCCGCACCCGCAAACCGACCGGCCAGGUGUUCUACCUCGGCUCGGAUCCGGACAAUCAAAGCACCACGAACCAGGGAGGAGCCCCGGGAGACGACUCGUACGUGGCCGCGUUCCUGUCCAAGGGUGAACUGUUGGUGCGCAUGAUCUUCAACGAUACGCCCGAGGGGUACACGGUCGGUGGGAACAAACUGGACAACGGGUAUCUGCAUCUGAUCGAGGUGAUCCGCACCUCGACCAACCUGAUUCAAGUGAAGCUGAACGGGACGGAGUAUUUCCGCAAAACACUGUCCACCUCGGGGCAGCUGAAUGCCCAGGUGCUGUACCUGGGAGGACCACCGCCGCACGCCGACACCAUCAACAGUCUGUACAAGGACGACUCGGAGAAGCAGUACUUCAAGGGCAUCAUCCAGGACGUGCAGGUGUCGAACGGAUCGCACGCGAUGAUCGUCGAGCUGUACCCGUUGAACGAGGAGGGGCUUGAGCUGCCGCCCCCCUUCGGGCAGGUCACGAUCGAUCGGAACUCCGUGCUGGAGGGCAUCGUUUCGGACGAUCUGUGUCGCAGCCAGCCGUGCUACCAUGACGCGUACUGCGAGAACACUUGGAACGAUUUCAUAUGUACGUGUCCUCGGGGCUACAAGGGCAAAUACUGUCAGGACAUACAGUUCUGUGAGCUACAAAAGUGUCCGAUGAAUGCCACCUGCCAGAACCUGGACGCCGGGUACGAGUGCAUCUCCAACAUGACGUUCCACGACAAGGACAAGGAACCGUUGGUGUUCUCGUUCGACGAGGCCGACCGCAAGGACACCAGCAUGGACACGAUCGAAAUCUCGUACCGCACCAAGUUCGGUGGCACCCUGCUGUACGUGCACGAUGCGGACAUGUACUUCGAAAUCUCCACCAUCCGGCAGCUGGUGACGAUCUCGUGGCUGCUGUCGAACGAUCUGCCCGAAACGCACCGCUUCCAGUACGAGGCGGAGGACGACGACGACAGCUACGACUGGCACACGGUGCUGGUGAAGGUGAGCCAGGACGGUAAACUGGAGGCCGGCUGGAAGGGCUGGGAGACGGCCAUCGACCCGCAGCCGAGCCUGUCGCUCGACAUCGAUUACUUCGCGUACCGGCAUCUGUUCUCCGGCCGGCAGCAGAUCUAUCUGGGCGGUAUGCCCGAGAUGGCGCACAUCGAGAACAACUCGGUCGUCAGCGGUGGCAUCGACAAGGGCUCAUCGUUCAAGGGUUGCCUCGGGGAGACGCGUGUCGGGGGCUUCUUGCUGCCGUACUUCCCGCACGAUGCCAUCUACCCGGACACGUUUAACUUUACACAGGCCCACUUUACGCUCAACUCGAGCCAACCGGACCAGGGUUGCAUCCUUUGCUUCCAGCAGUCCUGCAAAAAUGGUGGUGUUUGCAGUGACCCCUCGGAACGCUACGCCUGCGACUGUCCGGCCGGGUACGAGAGCGAUGACUGCUCGCAGAACAUCGACGAGUGUCUGUCGGCCAACUGUACCAACGGGGCGACGUGCGUCGAUGGAGUGGCCAGCUUCACGUGUCAGUGUGUCGAAGGCUACGAAGGCCAGCUGUGCGAGAUCGAGAUCAACGAGUGUGCUUCGAACCCGUGCCACAAUGGCGGUGUCUGUGUGGAUCUGCUGGCCGGGUUUUCCUGCACUUGCACGGAGGAGUACGCUGGGCCGCAGUGUGACGUGUUCCGGUUGGUGACGUGUGAAAAUGCACCCUGCAGCAACGGAUCGCGUUGCAUUGAUGGAUACAACAUGACCACCGGGAACAACUUUACGUGCUCGUGUAGCGCCGGGUUUGCCGGUCCCCUGUGUGACGUACCGUACUGCCAGCUGGAGCGGUGCAAAAACGGUGGCAUCUGCGAAACGGAGGCCGCGAUUCCGCACUGUAACUGCCUGCCGGGCUACGUGGGUACGUUCUGCGAAACGGAACUGAAUGAGUGCGAAUCGGCACCCUGUCUCAACGGUGGCCAGUGUAUCGACUUCAUCAACGAGUACCACUGCAACUGCAACGGAACGGGCUUCGAUGGGAAAAACUGCGAACACGACAUCAACGAGUGUGUGCUCGAGCGGAUAAGCUGCGGCGGGCGCGGCGAUUGUAUCAACACGAGAGGGUCCUUCCGGUGUCGCUGCGAUGAAGGAAUGUGCGGUAAGGACUGUGCCCAGUUUGAUCCGUGCCAGCAGAAUCGCAACAUCUGCCUGAACGGUGGCACGUGCGUGGAGGACUGUGACAAGGAACGGAGAUACUUCUGUAACUGUACCGCCGGCUACACGGGUUUCAACUGUUCCGAGCAGGCCACACUCGAAGCGGAAGAAGCAUCCGGGGCCGACAUCGUCCUGAUCGUGGUACCGGUCGUGAUCGGCAUACUGACGAUAGCCGGAGCACUGAUUGGCACGUUCCUGGUGAUGGCGCGCAAUAAGCGGGCCACCCGAGGCACCUACAGCCCGAGUGCGCAGGAGUACUGCAACCCAAGACUGGAGAUGGACAACGUGCUUAAACCACCCCCGGAGGAGCGACUAAUCUAA